UUCAACAUGGCGGACGACUAUUAGCGAAUUUCUUGCCUCAGCAAUAAUGUUUAGAUCUAUUAACGAUCAAAAUGGUUCAGCAUCGAGCAUAGCUUUCUGAAACAUGCUUACUCCUGUAUUUGAGCUUAGCCAAGACGAUGAGUUCGUUUUUGUGUCGAUAAAAACUCCCUAUGUGAAGAUUGCAGAUGUCGAUUUCUUCAUCAAUGACACAGUGUUUAAAUUUUAUGUCAAGCCAUACUUUCUGAGGCUUAAUUUACCAGGAGAGAUUAUUGAAGAUGGGAGAGAGUCUGCAUCUUAUGAUGUUGAGAAAGGAACAUUUUCAAUAAAGCUUCCUAAGCUACAUCCAGGAGAGAUCUUUGAGAACUUGGAUCUGUUAACAACAUUACUGGCUCCUAAAAAGAAGGCAUCUUUGAAUGUGAAGCCUCUCGUUGAAAUUGUUGAAAGUGAUACCAUAGCAAAGGUUGAUGACCAAGAAGAUGAGAGCAAUAGUGAUGAGGAAUUUGACUGGGAAUUUGAGCAACAUUUACCUCUGGAUAAUGCAGAGAUUAGUCUGGGUGAAACCAGAUAUGGAUUUGCCAACCAAAAGGGUGGAAUCUUUAAAGGCAGGGAGGCAGAACUUCUUGAGAUAGCAGAAAUAACUAAUCCUGACUCAAUGACACCAAGUAAGAGACUAGAAAACAGGCAUGCAGCUGAAGAUGCCAAGUUUGAUGAGGAUUAUUACUUGUAAGACAAAUACCUUCAUAUUGUAACAACUUAACGUUAAGAAACCCAAUUGUGUUUUAAAACAUUUGUAUGCAGCAAAAGAUCUAUGAAACAGCUUACUUUUUCAUGGCUUCAUAAAUUUUAUGUUGCCCCUGUCACAAUGGAUAUAAGCAGUUAAACAUUAGGUGAUGACUGACAUACAGGAAAUUUUGCACUUAAGAUGGAAUUGAUGCAACUAUCAGUGUGGAGGAAAGGCCUCAGUGUACCAAAAUGAAGGUUUGCAAACAGAUCGAAAUAACUACUGCAGCAGUGAAAUUCAAUUAUUGUCAUGAAGUUGUUCAUUUCUAGGCAGUAGGCACAUGUACUGUACAUAUUCAAACCACUCCAUUUUGUUUCAAUGAACAGCUACUUAACAAUUAUUCCAC